ACCCGACCCAUUAGACAGAGUCUAUUAAAGCCCCGUGAAAGCCCGGCAAAACCCAGUAGCGCAGAGAUCGGCGAGGGCGAAUUUUCGAUUGCAUUUUCGUUCGUUUCUCUUCUGAAUUUCUGUAAUCUGUAACGAUGUCUCAGACUACUGUCCUCAAGGUUGCUAUGUCAUGUCAGGGCUGUGUUGGAGCCGUCAAAAGGGUCUUGGGGAAACUGGAAGGUGUCGAAACAUUUGACAUCGACAUAGAUGCACAAAAGGUGACUGUGAAAGGCAAUGUGAGUCGCGAUGUAGUUUUCCAAACCGUUUCGAAAACUGGGAAGAAGACUGCCUACUGGGAAGACGACGCCCCAGCAGCAUCUGCUCAGACUGUGGCUGCUGCUUAAAAUUUACUCCAUGGAAAUUUGCUGUUCAUUGCGUAAGGUCUUUGCUUCCUGAAGCUAAUAAUGUUGUAAUAGUACGUGAACUUGGCAAUUUAGUCUUGUAAUAUUUUUAUUGGAGCGUCUUUUGCAUGACCUUCUACCUUAAAACUUAUCUUUAUUCUACAGAUACGUUUUUGUUUUGCCCCAAUUGUUUGUUCAUUUUGACCUUUGCUUUUGAGAUGAUUGAUGAUUUAAUGAAGAAUGCCUUCCAUGGCU